AAAGAGAUAACUGCUUUACUGGUCAAUUGCGCCAAUAAUGGUAUAAACGCAUUCAUUUCUAUGCCAAAUUAAGAUCAGAGAAGGCUACGCCUGGCAUUUACAACUCAUUACGUUAGUACUGUAAGCAUAUGGCUGAAAAAUAAUGCACAGAAUCACACAGCCUACUCUUCGUCAGUCAUAGGUACAUGUUAGGAUUAAGAUAAAUUGCUAUAUUAUGGACUUUACGUUCAUUCUAAAUGUUUAUGCUAUAUUGUAAAUAACAUAUUCUAGAUCAUUCCAAAGAUGCACAUUGAUUUACUGAAAUGAAGCUACUGUAUCUUUGAACAUAUACUCCAUUUUGUGAGUAUCAAGAAGGCAUGCAACGAAAUGAGAACGGUCGAGAACGUCAUUGUCACCUUUCAACCAAUGACAGUCGGUCUGCUUGACCUUAUAAGUAGCUUUGCGGCCUCAUUUAAAAAUGAACCAGCUUUGUUGGUUAGUUUGGAGACUUCAUUUUCAGCUUCCUUGACCGGAUUGGAUGAAUACAUUGUUUUAUUUUUGGAAAAGUAGUCUUUAUUCAUAUGGGCCUACUUCAUCGAGGAAAGUUGGAAGGAUCAAACAUGAAUAAACGUAAUGCCGUAAAGAGGGUUCUUAAACCGGUAAUUGAAAAGAAGAGGCGUGAUAGAAUAAACCAACGGUUGGAUGAGCUAAGGACUAUACUGCUAAGCAACACUUCUGACAUGCGGCUGAAAAAUCCAAAAUUGGAAAAAGCUGAAAUAUUAGAGUUGACUGUCGAUUACAUACGAAGAAAAGCAAAUGGGAUCGACAGAAAAGCCCUUUCAGAAAAUCCUGUGAACGAGUCCUCUGCUCCAGUGACUAGUGCUGUGAGUUCCAAAAGGACAGGCCCCAUACAUGAGCACACACAUCCCCCACCCAACCCCAUCUACAGUGCAGGUUUCAGAGAAUGCAUCUCCCGCCUGGGCAACUACAUUGACAGCGUGGAUCCCUCCCAGAGAGAGAGCUUUGCCUGGGAACUGAGGGACCACCUGGAGGCCCACAGUGCCUGCCCUCUGGGGAGUGUGCAUAGCCAGACCUUUCCCCUGGACCUCCAGCCCUGGGGCUCUGGAGCAGAAGGACAAUGCUUACUGGGCAGAGUUCAGAACAGGAAGAAAAGUACAGUGAUGGGUCAUCAACGAGCCAGCAGGGAGGCCACCUUCCCCUACAUCAACACCUCUCUCCCCAUCUAUCCCAACACCUUUGUACUCCACCACCCCCACCCUACCCAACACCUCUCACACCCAUACCCGUCUCCUCCUUACUCCCUCUCCCCCCCACCCUCCCCUUCUUACUCCAGCUCCUCGACACCUAUCACCAUUACCUCUCCAUACCUCUCCAUGCCCUGCCACUUCCCCUUCUCUCCUUCUCCCUCUGAACAUCGAUCAGAUUCCUUGUCAUCCUCUUCUCACUCUACAUCUCUGCUUGUUGUGCCUCUGGUACCAGACAAUCCUCCCCUGGGUUCCAGUAUCCCCAACCCUCUAUGUCCCUCUGGCCCUGUGCCCUCUGGCCCAACAAGGCUUCUGAGGCGGUCACUGUUUCAGAUCCAGCCCCAGGCAAUAUGGAGGCCCUGGCCCUGAUAUCCAAUGGAGGGUAAGUGAAAUCCAUCAGGACACAUUCAGGUCUCCACAAUCUGUGUUCUGAGAGCAUCUGGCCAUCCAGAUCAUCACCGGACGCGUUCAGGACAUCAUUCAUC